GUCAGCAUAAAAUCAAGUUCAUCCCAGAAAUGGUGGGACCUAUCUUAGAAAUGACGCUCAUCCCUGAAACCGAGCUCCGGAAAGCUACAAUCCCAAUCUUCUUUGACAUGAUGCAGUGUGAAUUCCAUUCUACAAGAAGCUUCCAGAUGUUUGAAAAUGAGAUCAUCACGAAACUGGAUCAUGAAGUGGAAGGAGGCCGAGGAGAUGAGCAGUACAAAGUGUUAUUUGACAAAAUCCUCUUGGAGCACUGCAGAAAACACAAAUACCUUGCUAAGAGUGGGGAAACCUUUGUGAAACUUGUGGUGCGCUUAAUGGAGAGGUUGUUGGACUACAGGACCAUAAUGCAUGAUGAGAACAAGGAGAAUCGCAUGAGCUGUACUGUCAACGUGCUGAACUUCUACAAGGAGAUCGAGAGAGAAGAAAUGUACAUCAGGUAUUUGUACAAGCUGUGUGACCUGCACAAAGAGUGUGAUAACUACACAGAAGCUGCCUACACGCUACUUCUGCAUGCAAAGCUUCUCAAGUGGUCAGAAGAAGCAUGUGCAGCACAUCUUACCCAGCGGGAUGGAUACCAAGCUGCUACUCAAGGACAGUUGAAAGAUCAACUCUAUCAAGAAAUUAUCCAUUACUUUGACAAGGGCAAGAUGUGGGAAGAGGCCAUUGCCUUGGGUAAAGAACUUGCAGAACAGUAUGAAAAUGAAAUGUUUGAUUAUGAGCAACUCAGUGAACUGCUGAGAAAGCAAGCCCAGUUCUAUGAAAACAUUGUGAAAGUGAUAAGACCAAAGCCAGACUAUUUUGCUGUUGGAUACUACGGCCAGGGAUUUCCGACGUUCAUAAGGAACAAAGUCUUCAUUUACCGGGGGAAGGAGUAUGAACGACGUGAAGACUUCGAAGCACGGUUAUUGACUCAGUUUCCAAACGCAGAGAAAAUGAAGACGACGUCUCCACCGGGUGAUGACAUCAAAAACUCCUCUGGCCAGUACAUUCAAUGCUUUACUGUGAAGCCCAAACUGGAUUUACCAUCUAAAUUUCACAGGCCAGUGUCGGAACAAAUUGUGAGUUUCUACAGGGUGAACGAAGUGCAACGGUUUGAGUAUUCGCGCCCUGUUCGAAAAGGAGAGAAAAACCCGGACAAUGAAUUUGCGAAUAUGUGGAUUGAAAGAACCAUCUACAUGACUGCAUACAAAUUACCAGGCAUCCUGAGGUGGUUUGAAGUCAAAUCCGUUUUCAUGGUUGAAAUCAGUCCGCUGGAAAACGCAAUAGAAACCAUGCAGCUCACAAAUGAUAAGAUCAAUAAUAUGGUUCAACAGCACUUAAAUGAUCCAAAUCUACCCAUCAACCCUCUCUCGAUGCUGCUGAACGGCAUCGUGGAUCCUGCGGUCAUGGGAGGGUUCACAAACUAUGAGAAGGCUUUUUUCACUGACAAAUAUAUGCACGAGCAUCCAGAAGAUCAUGACAAGAUUGAAAAGCUGAAGGAUCUGAUCGCUUGGCAGAUCCCAUUCCUGGCAGAAGGCAUCCGGAUUCAUGGGGAGAAGGUGACAGAGGCGCUGCGGCCGUUCCACGAGCGGAUGGAGGCUUGUUUCAGGCAGCUGAAAGACAAAGUGGAAAAGCAGUACGGGGUCCGCGCUGUCCUUUCAAGUCUGGAUGACAGACGAGGCAGCCGGCCACGGUCUAUGGUGAGAUCCUUCACGAUGCCAUCAUCUUCAAGACCCCUCUCUGUUGCAUCAGUGUCUUCCAUCUCCUCUGACAGCACACCUUCUCGACCUGGCUCGGAUGGGUUUGUGCUGGAGCCCCUCCUGCCCAAAAAGAUGCAUUCCAGGUCUCAAGAUAAAUUGGACAAGGAUGACCUAGAUAAAGAUAAGAAAGAAAAGAAGAAGGAGAAAAGGAACAGCAAGCAUCAAGAGAUAUUUGAUAAAGAAUUUAAAUCUACUGAUAUUUCUCUGCAGCAGUCUGAAGCAGUGAUCCUGUCAGAAACGAUCAGCCCACUGCGACCACAGAGACCAAAAAGCCAAGUCAUAAACGUCAUUUCAAGUGAAAGACGCUUCUCCGUCUCUCCAUCACCUCCCAGCUCCCAAGUGACACCACCCCCAAUAACUCCACGGACAAAGCUUUCUUUCAGCAUACAGUCCAACCUGGAGCUGAAUGGUAUGUCCAACUCCGACGUCCCCGACGUUCCUCCUCCUCUGCCUCUCAAAGGCAGCAUGGCCGAUUAUGGGAACCUCAUGGAAAGUCAAGACUUGAUCAGCCCGACGACCUCCCCCCCUGCCCAUCAAAGGCACUUGCCACCUCCGCUCCCCAGCAAGACUCCCCCACCUCCUCCUCCAAAGACAACUCGGAAGCAAACAUCCGUUGACUCUGGGAUUGUCCAGUGA